AUGAGCCGGAGCAGCAGCAUCAGCAGCGGAUUACGACAAUUGUACGCUGACACUCCAAUGGGGUCGACGAGCACGAAGAAGGGUGUUGUCAAAUUCGCCGCUGAUAGUCUCGAUGAGCCGAGCUCAUCGUCGUCGUCGAUCAUCACCGUCGAGACCGAUCAAAUGCCGAGAAUCAAAACGUCACAAAGCAAAACUUCAUUUUUGUCGGAACUCAAACCGUACACAAAACGCGCGAGUCAGCUGAUCGUCGACGUUCCGGUGGCGCGAUUGCGCAAAAUCAAAAACACCGAAGGCGUCUCAUCGAUCACUCGCGAAUCCGAACAUUUUUCAAAUACAACCACUUUGCACGGCCCAAAACGGAUAUAUAACGGCAAACGAUGGUCAAUCGCAUUUUGGAUAUUUAUAAUGGUGGCUUCGAUGCUCCUUCUAAUGGCACAAGUCGCGUCUCUUGUACAAAUGUUCCUCUCAAAACCAACAGUAUCACAGGUCUCAUUUCUGCUCAGCGAGGGCGGUAUGAACUUCCCAAAGGUGACCGUGUGCAGUUUCAAUCCGAUCAAAAGAACCUACGUGGAAAGGCUCAAUUCCAGCAAAGAUUUGUCCGAUGAUCUACUCGAUUAUCUGAUGAUGUUCAAUUCGGACGCGAUGACGUUGUAUGGUCGCGCCGACGGCCAACAAUUGCAUUCCGGCGAUAAUCUCUUCAAGCAGUAUGUGGCGAAUCACGACGACUUCACCGCCGACAAGUUUUUCAUGGACGCCGGCUUCAAUUGUUCGGACAUGUUCAAAAUGUGUUCGUUCGGCGGCCGACGAUUCGAUUGUUGCCGGUACGCGACGCCGGUGUUCUCGGACCUCGGCAAAUGUUUUACGCUCAACAUGCAGGUCAGCGAGAAGCCGUGGAUGAAGCUUCAGACGGAGCCGGGAAUCGCCGCCGGACUUCAAAUCAUAUUGGACUCGCAUCUCGAAGAGCAAUUCGAUUCGGAGACCGACGGCGCCACACCGGUGUUCUCGAGCGCGUUCGAGAACGGCUUCCGCUUCUACAUUCAUUCGUCCGACACGGUGCCGUUCUUGUCAUCUGAAGGGAUCGCCGUGUCGCCGGACAGCGUCGUCUAUUCGGCGCUGUCGAGCUCAAGGUACCUUCUGCUACCAACAACCUCAUGGGGCAACUGCUCGACGACAUGGCCGCCCAACUAUGACUACAAUCUGACGUACACGUCGGCGAUGUGCGCCACCGUUUGCAAAGCGCAAUACUUCAAUAAAACCUGCGGAUGUAGUCCGUCGAUUUACAAUUACGACAAUCGAUUUCCGGAUUGCACACCGUACGACACUUAUCGCUGCAUGGACACAAAAAUGAAGGUUGUGAGCGGAGGAAUUGUCAAUAUUGAGAUGCCGACGUGCGAGGAGUGCCGAAUGGAGUGCAACAGUCAGGUGUACCACGCCUACAACUCGUAUGGCAAAGGGUUGUCGCGAGGCGCGCUGAUGUGGCUUCACAAGCAGGGCGGUUGGGAGAUACCGCAUAUGAAGCACAACUUCCAAGUGGUCAACGUGUUCUUCCGCGACAUGUCCUACACCGAGUACAUUCAGGUGCAAGGCAUGUCGCUGACCGAGCUUAUGAGCGACAUUGGUGGCAACAUGGGCAUGUUUAUGGGAAUGUCGGUGAUCACCAUCAUCGAGGUCACCUUGUACCUGUCGAAAAUUGGAUGGAUCACAAUAUCGAAGAAGCGGCGCGACUAUAUGUAUAGUAAAAAGAAGAAUGAAGAGCAGCAUGAGAAAGAGCUUGAGGACGUCGUCACCGGCUUCAAGUUGUUUCGGACACGCAAAACCGGCAACGACAUGUCGCAUUUGCGCGAGAAGGUCAAAAGCCUUCAGAUGAAUCGGAUAACGACGGAAGCGUUGAAUAUGAGCAAACUCGCGUGGCAGACGGAGCCCGAUGAUUAUCUGAAUCGUGUGACGCGACAAAACUCGGCGCUCAAAGAGCACCAACGAUUGAGUCGCUCGCGAUCGGCGAGUAUAUUUAAAGGGCGAUUGAGAUCUGAGACGGUUGAAUAA